GAGAGGCAGAGCUGCGAGAUGGCGGCGGGGAUGAUGUGACUGCAGAGGCUGAGCGAGGACGACACUCACUGAAUCCCUCUCCGACUACCCCCACACCACGGCGGCUCGCGAACCGUCCCGAAUACCGACCGAGAAGAACCCGUGCGGCCGGCGGGAGAUGGCGAGCGGCUGCUCGGACGCCAUGAAGGAGGAGAGAGCCGCCCCGGCCGGAGAAGACGCUGCGGGAGGCGGCAGCCCGGGCGGCCCUGACAGGAGCGCAGCGAACGCUGCAGCACAAAAUGGCGGCGGAGCGCCCGAGCAAGAGAGCGGCCGCAGCGAUCUCCCCCUCAGACGGAGCAGCAGCGGCGAGAGCCACGUGGGCGGCUGGGGGCACAGACCCCCCGAGGAAGCCCCCAGGAAACGCUUUCAGAUCCCGCGGAAGAGCAGGGAAAAGAAAGCUCUUCAGCUAAUUAGUUCUGAUUCUCGGGAGUUUGAAGAGAUUUUGAAAAUUCUACAUUCGUCAUUCUUGGAUACAAACUCUAAGACAAAUUUCACUUACAAUUCCGUCCGACUGAUUCAUAAUGAAUUCUUGGAAAAAGAGUUUACUGAGAAACGAAGGCAGUUGAAAUGUGAAGGUCGUCUAGAUAAAGAGCUUGUCGAGUCUUAUGCUUUUCUAUUGGUUGGCCAAGAGCAGAUGUACGGCAUCUGUGAGAAGGGGCUGCUCACAGGGCAUUCCACCUUAACUACUCUUGGGAAGUCUUCCUUGGGUGUCUAUCUGUCAAAGUUUGCAGACUUAUUGCAGACUAAUCCGUUAGAACCUGGGGCAACUGGUGACAUAUUAAUAUUUAAAGUAAUCAAGGGGAAAAUGAAAUGCAUACAUGAUUUCAAUAGAAAUAAUCAGACUGAGUUAUGUGUGUUGGAUCCAGCACCUAAUCAUGAAUGCCACAUUUUAAAGAACCCAAAUGCUGUCACAUCACUGUUGAGCUAUCGAGCAUUUGAACGAACUCAGUAUUACUUUUAUGAGUACCGUUUUUCUGAGAUCCUUAGGAGACCAAGCCAUGUGUGUCCAUAUGCAGUUGUUUCUUUUAUUUACAAGGAAGAUCUGAUAUACAGGCAACCGUCUUUAUCUGGAUCAAUUAAUUUCAGCAAUGACCGGUAUAAUGACAGGAGCAGUUUCACGUUAUGGAGAGGUCAGCUGUGCAGUAAAGGAAUACCUCUGUGCUUUGCAUCUCUGAAAACAAAUUAUGGUCCAUUCUUCCCGUACAGAUUACCAGAGAAGCUGGACCUGGAAAUUCUAAUGAAAAUUGAUCAGAUAAAGAAGAGAAUUCCAUCAAAAUUGUUUUAUAGGGAGACACACAACAAAACAAAAGAAGUUGUUACUGGUGGCAUGUAUGCCCGCCUCUACGAAGUUGUUGAAAUAACAAGAACUGGAAGUAACUUUCAAGGUUUAAUGCAAAAACUGAGUGGAGAAAAUCUGGCAUUGGUUAAACCAUUGGCGGAUAAAGGAUUUCUAUUUUUCUUUUUCCCAGUGCCAAUGACGUCAUCUUACAGUCCUUGGAGUGGGAAAUCACGUGUACUCCAUGCUCUCUUCAUCUACAAGGAAUCCAGAGAAACACCUGUUUCAACACCUUCCACUUUUAUCACGGACAAUGAGAUAAUGCCAGACCUAAAAACUUUUUUAUCUGCUUUGCACUAUGCCUUACUUAAGUGCCAAGAUGACACAUCUUCUGAUUUAUGUGUUCUGGUUGAAAAGUAUGCUCGCCUAUAUUUAAAACGAAGGGCUGAGCGUGCCUAUAAAUUCAAAGAAUAUAUUCUAAAGCCAUAUGACAGUCGUUUAGAUAAUUUCAAAUCUCUUUAUGUGGCCCCCAAAAAGAAAAGCCACAUUGAUCCAGCUUUACGUAUUUAUAUACGUGAACCUGAAAUGUACGCAAUGGUGGUGGGCAAAGCAAAAGAAAUUCUUCAGGAAAACCUGUUGGUAGACCGACCAAAGGAAGUAAUUCGAGAAAGCUUUAGGUUUCAGCAGUUUAGCCCAGUGUCUGAUUAUGAGCCAGUUGAAGAGGACCACGAAAUCCCAAAGUAUUCUAGCAGGAAAACUACUAAGCUGGAGUCGUCUGCUGGAGAUAGUGAUUUAAGAGCAAUAGAUCACUCAGAAUAUGAGUUGGAGAAGAUACAUGGUUUGAUUAACUUGAUUCAGAGCAGGAAGCAAAAUGCGAAUAGCCAACCUGGGGCAGAAAUUGCAGGAGAUGCAUCAGUUAGUGGAGUCAAAAGAAAGCUGGAAAGUGGGCUUGAAAAUCAGUGGAAACACUUUAAAAGUGAAAAUCUUAACCAUAACCGAGAAGAAUCUGUGGAAGCUGCACAUUCCAUGUCCUCUUUUAUUACUGCUCUUGGUGGACAAGAUACCGACUUAAGGCAGGAGAAUUCAGAGGCACCUGUGACGGAAUCAUCAGAAUGUCUUCAAAUGAUUCUAGCAAGCCUGAACAACUCUGGUUUUUUUAAUUCACCACUAGUGGAAUCUUUAAACAAAAUAUUAGCUACUCAAAGUCCAAAAACAAAUGAGAACAAUGUACUGAACCACGAAAUAAUUUCGCCUUCACAAGAUGAAGUUAUGGAAAAUUCCAGGCCUGAUUGGAAUUCCUAUUAUGAGGAUGAAGUUCACCAAAGAGUUGAGCUUCCAGAAAGCGACACAUCCAUUUUGGCACAAUCUACAGAUGACCGUCUUAAAGCCAAAGUUGAUCUUGAACAGUGUUCAGAAAGCGUCAGCCCUUGUCCCAGUACACCAACUGAAAAUGUCUACCAACGUCAGAGUUCCAAUUUAGGCAGUGUGGAAUCAGAAAUGCAUUGGAAACUAAUUCCAAUAACAGGAGAGGAAGGAAGAAUUCCAGAGGAUCAUGUUGGGAACAUUAGAGAUGAAACAAUACAAGGUUUAAGCCUCACAGAAGAACAGCUUAUGUAUGCAUCAGCGGAAGACACCUAUCCAGAGGAUCCAAGGGCACUGCACAUUAGGAGAAGUCAUCUUUUUUACUCAUCACUUCAAGAGUCCAGGAAAAGGAGAAGCAGGGCCUCUAAAAGUACAAGAAGAGGCUCAGGAAGUCACUCCUCAUCUGUGCCCAACAGGGCACAUGACUUGUUUCAAACUAAGCACUAUCCAAAUGGAUUAAUUGAGAACACUGUAUUGGAAAUGUAUAGCAUAUUUUCUGAAAGGCUUCAUGAAGUUUUAAAACAAAAUGACAUAGCCUAUGCUAAUAAUGCAACAAUACCCCUCCUUUCAUCUGAUGAGAGGACUGCCAAACUUUCAGACUGGCUAUCUGAACAGGCCUCCGAUAUCUGUGUGAAGGAAUAUGUAGAAGAACUCCGUGAAAAACUAAACAGUGUUGUUGCUCUUUUCAUAAAUUCACCGUCUCUAGACCAACCAACUGGUCAUCUGGUUGCUGAAAUUAAAGAAGCAGCCUUAAUUUCUGCACAUAGAAGUUCUGCAGACAUUCCUCUCCAGAAUGAGAUAUAUGAUCAUCCGGUGCCAGAUCAUCUUCCUAGUGUCUCUAAAGGCUUUGAAGAUAACCAUCCUUCCAGAGAUCUACAGCAGGACCUUUCAGAAGUUAAACAGACAAAGGACAAUUUCCCACUCCACACGAAUGAGGAACCACCAACAAAACCUCAUGAGACACCUACAUCCAAUUUACCAGACAGUGCUCCCACAGCACAUACCGACUUGGCCAAUUUAAUUAACCAAAUGCAUCCCGAGGUAUUUCACAACCUAGUGAAAAUUUUUACCCACGUCAACAAAAAUAUUGUCAAAUUUUAUAUUCAUGCUGAAGAAGAAAACACAAUUUGUGCAGAAAUAAAGGAGUACCUCUUAAAACUAGGUAAUGCUCAAUGUGACCCUGAAAAUUUUCUGUCUUGCAAUGCAGUAUCUGAUAAACUACUAAUAAUAAUUCAGAAUGAGGAUAUUGAGCGCUGCAUUCAUAAGAUACCUCAUUUAAGAAGAUUAAAAACGCUUUCCUGUGUCAGUUUUGCUGGGGUCGAUACACUGGAUGAUUUGAAAAACCACACGUACAAUGAGUUGUUUGUGUCUGGAGGGUUUCUUGUGUCUGAUGAAACAGUAUUAAACCCUGAGUCGAUGACGACUGAUGCACUGCAAAAAUUCCUGAUGUUCCUUGAAGAAAUUAGCAGCUCAGAAGGAAAAUGGCAGUGGAAAAUCCAUUGUAAAUUUCAGAAAAAGCUUAAGGAGAUGGGAAGAUUGAAUGCAAAUGCGUCAAAUAUAUUGACCCUGUUAAACAACUAUCAAAAGAAGCACCUGGUUGAGAUUCUUGCAUAUCAUAAUUGUGAUUCUCAAACACGACAAGCUCCAGAAUUGGAAUGUCUUAUUAGACUUCAGGUUCAGAACAUCCAGCAGCGACAUGUUGUGUUCCUAACAGAAAAGGAUGCAUCUCAGUUUACCAAGUACUUGGAUAAUGGAAUUGUGGUGACCAGAAUUGGGGAUUUUAUGCAUAAUUUUGCCAACCUUGUUGGUUUCCACAGUGCAAACUCUGAAGAAAACGGUUUAUCGCAGCUGGCAACCCAAGAGACCCAACCAGCUCCUGGAGAAACCGAUGUCAAAGACGAAGAAGAUAUGUCUCUUGAUUCUGAAGACGGAAUGCCACAGAUAGAACUGUGCACAGAUUCUCUCAAAUCUGACUCUCACAAUGAAGAACCUAUUAAACAGUCGGAACAUGCUGACCCUUCACUUACUGCAGCAAGUGUGGCCAACUUGCAACAGAACAUUACUCUUAACAUUGAUUCAGAUGACGUGCAAACAGUUACUCCAAUCUCUACAGCAGGAACAGUUGCAGGUGAAAACAAUACUGCAACAGCGGGUGGGAUUUUGAACAAUUUCCCAGAUUACACUAGUUCACAAAUUGGAUUGUCCCAUCAGAUUAGCCACUUCAACGUCCUCACUCACCAAACAUUUCUUGGAACAAUGUACCCAAUCCUUUCAAACCAAGCUCAAUCAGGGAAUUACUACAUGAAUUCAUACAGUCAAGUGGCAGAACGGGGUGCGUCACAAAAUUCUGAGUGGGAUCAAAAGUGGAAUAUGAAAUAAUUAUUUUUUUUAUUAUAUAUUUUUUUUUUCACCAUAAAAAGUAAAUACAUAUUUAUAUAGAAGACAUUUUGUAAAAUUCUUCAUUUUUCUUACAAGGUCAUUUACAAGUUUUAUUGCCUAGAUAACAAGAUAAAUGGUAUUCCGCCCUCAUUUUGGAAUCAUGAUUGUAUGUCCAAUUGAACAGAAGCAAGCAUUUUUUUAUUUGUCAUUGUAAGUGAAGAUUUGUUUGCAUUUUUUUUCUCUAUUUGAACAGUGUUUUGUGGCAAAGUCCUUCAAAGUUAUGUAAUUUUUUUUUUAUGGUCAAUGUUUUGUGUACAUAUGUGAAACAUUGAAUACUUGUAUAUAUUUUUUUUUUUAUUUUUAAAUCUAGGUACAAAAAAAAUUGUUUUAACAAAAUUGUACACACUGACUAAAUAUAUCUACUAUAACAAUAGUGCAUUCUCCCGUUACAAUAAUAAAUGUUGUGCACUUAGGUCUGGUAUGUAAUUUUUUUUACCCAGCCAGCAUAGGGAUUUUAUACAUUGAACCAGCAGCGCAAUAAACUGCUAAACUCUAA